AUGGCCUUUAUUGACCACAUAGUUCUUAACGGAUUACUGGUAAUUAGUGCUGUAACGGCAAUCCAAUUGAAGUUUGACGAUGCAUUAACCGCGCAACGAGGUUUAGGAUGGCCCCACAGCCUUCAAGUGACAGUGGGUCACGAGGCAUUGAUGAAAUUGGCAAUAAAUUUGGAAAAUCAAGAAUCAUGUGAAGUUGUCACGCCAACCGGCGUGAUGUUUAAUAUUGCAUCGCCACCGAAUGACAGGUUCGAAUUAUGGGAAGGUGGCUGUAGUUUAAAAGUGAAGAAGAUAGAGCCAAAUGACACAGGUAGAUGGCGUCUCACUGCUAAGGGAGAUAACACGAAAAUAAUGGGUUGGACUGCGCUUCAUGUUAGGGAAGACACACCGACGCCUUCUCCCCCUACUAUAACGCUCCCCGAUGGUGAAAAUGAGGUCAAGGUGGACUUAUCAACGGAAGACAAUUCCUAUUGUCUCGUCGCAAAGCCUUUUUCUGACAGUGCCCUUGUCCCGGGACACUGUACUGUGACCCUCGAUCGAACGACACGCGCCGUGCAAGGGAAAUGGGAUGUACUUUUGGGUGUACCGGGAAAAGUUUCCGAAGUUCCCUUGAAGAGACAGGUCGUUGUUGAAGCCGAGCGCUUGGAUUUCGGAUACAUUCACGAAAGCAGUACCAAUAAACUGCACUUGUACUGUAAUAUUUUGCACUCGGAGAAAAAUAUAACAUUCUGCCGAUUUCAAAGGACGUCAUUGCCUUACGGAUUUAACGUGGUAGAUGGACUGAGCGAUGGCAGUCAUAGCUAUUACGGAAAGGGGUUCUUAAGGCGAGAAUGUGGUAUAACAAUUGAGAAACCAUCCCUAGACGAUUCUGGAACAUGGAGAUGUACUGUUGGUCUGAAGAUGUGGGUUGGCAAUCAAGUUCGAGAACAGCCACCGAUGCAGGCUUUGAUUAGUGUCGCGGCGAGUUCAAGAAUUUCAAGAUUCUACAAUGAUUCUGCCGAUAACAAAAGCAAUACCGUAUUUGUACAAGAAAAUCGGAUGUUAACUGUUUCGUGUCGUGCCGACGCUUCUCUCAAAUACUGUUGGUUCCAACAUCCAAAUGGUUCUCAGUUUACCCCAGUUCAGCUGGUUAAUGAAGAGCAACCGUUUUGGUAUACUGGCGAAGGUCUAGCCGCUGGUCAGUGUGGAAUUACGUUUAGACACGUAACUCAUCAAGAGUCUGGUUUAUGGAGAUGUCAUAUGGGAAGAAAAGGUCAAUUUGGAGUGGAAGUAACAGAAGACAUACAAGUAAGAGUCACCGGUGCAUUAGCAGCUAAUAAAAAGGAAGUGGCAGCUUCGAAGGGCGGAACUCUAACUUUAUAUUGUCAUACGGCUAAUGGAAACAGACCGCUGGAUUAUUGCCGGUUUCUUUCGCCAUCCUUUGUGGGGAUAAACAUUGAUUCAUCUGUUACUAAGGAGAACGCUAUAUUGGAUCGGUUCUUCUUCACGCCAGGACGAAGCAUAGACGCGGGUGACUGUUCUCUAACCAUAGUUAAUAUCCAGGAGGAUGAUAUAGGAAACUGGACUUGCGCUGCUGUUGUUAAUGAUGAGGCGACGGAAUCAAGUGAUACCAUAAGGGUCUACCUUUCAACGAAGCCAGCACCUCGAUACCAAGCUGGCGUGAUCGGUGCCAGUGUCGGGGCAGCAGUUUUAAUCCUUAUUCUUGUUGGUUUCGUUUUAUACAAACGUGGUUUUAUUAUGCUACCAUUACGAAGGGACCAAAACAAUCCGCCACCAUCAGACGCGUUUUCGUUGCAGAGAAUGUCUACGGUCACAAGUACGUCUCGAUCCAGCCAAAGUAGUAGUGAAUUUGGACAAGAUUUAGGACCCAAAAGGGCAUAA